GUUGAAAAAGAAAGUGAAAUAACCAAUCUGGACCUAGAAGAAUGUGAUUUAACACCAGAAAUGUUAUGUGGCCUGCCCAGAUAUGAAUCCGUAGAUGUUGAUGAUUAUCAAACUCUCGAUACCGGUAACCAGGAGGAUGGAGAAGGCUUUGACGAAGAAGAUGGUGGAGUCAUGGAGGAUCAAGAUGGUGAAGUCGUGGAGGAUCAAGAUGGCGGAGUCAUAGAGAAUCGAGAUGGUGGAGUUAAUGAAGAAGAGCAAGAUGAGGGUAUGGAAGGUGGGCAUUAUGAAGGUGGGGACAUUGAGGGUGUAGAGAGUGGACAUGGUGAGGGCACGGAAGGUGAACCUGGUGAAUGUGCUGAAGAAAGAGAUGGUGGUGGGCAAGAUGAGGAAGGAGGCGGUAUAGAAGAAAAUGAAGGUGGAGGCAGGGAAGAAGAGAGAGAAGCAAAAGAGGAAACAGAAGAAAGAGAAACACCAGCAGAGGGUAUACCUCAAAAUCUGUGUGGCAUUGUUUUUGAUGCAACAAGCAAC